AAGGGGAAAAAAAAAGUGUUUUUUAGAGAGAGAAAGAGAAGAACUUGAAUUUUGUACAUCUUUCUAUCUCUCUCUAUCCAGAAAAGCCACAAGAGAGAAAGAAGAAAAUCCACAGACCCUUAAGCAGUGCAGUAAAAAGCUUCUCUUUUUCUCUAUCUUUCUUUCUGUUUGUUAUUAUUGUUUUUUUUUUUCUUUUGGGGUGUUUAUUUCCAAGGUUUUUGGAUCUCUCCAAGAUUAGGAUUUUGGAGUACCCCUUUUGGGUAAUAUUAUUUGGAGUGCAGAGGGAUUUAGGUAGGGAUAUAAAUGGGAAGAGGGAAGAUAGUCAUAAGAAGAAUAGACAAUUCAACAAGCAGGCAAGUGACCUUUUCAAAGAGGAGAAGUGGUUUAUUGAAAAAGGCUAGAGAACUUUCAAUCCUCUGCGAUGCUGAAGUUGGUUUGAUCAUUUUUUCAAGCACUGGCAAACUCUAUGAUUAUUCCAGUUCCAGCAUAAGGUCGAUUACCGAUCGAUACAACAAGAUGAAAGAGGAGCAAAAUCAGCUGAUGAAUUCUGUUUCAGAACUCCAGUUUUGGAAAAGAGAGGCAGCUGCUUUGAAGCAACAACUGCAUUACUUGCAGGAAUGUCACAGACAACUGAUGGGUGAAGAGCUAUCUGGCCUGAGUGUCAAAGAUCUACAAAAUCUAGAAAGCCAAUUGGAAAUGAGUUUGAAAGGCGUCCGUGUGAAGAAGGAAAAGACUUUAAGUGAUGAAAUUACUGAACUAAAACAGAAGGGGAACCAUAUGCAUCAAGAAAAUGUGGAACUCUACAAAAGAUUAGAUAUGACUCGUAAGGAAAAUGCAGAACUGCAAAUGAAGUACCAGGCCUAUGGACCAAUGGAAAUAGAUAAAACAAGCAGUAGCUCUCAACAAUUCACUAUCACCAAUAGAUACAGUAUGCCUGCUCUACAGCUAAGACAGCCACAACCGCAAAACAACGAAACACCAGGAAUAAAGCUGGGAUUGCAACUUCAAUAACAGCAGGUAGAUCAUGGAUGAUUUAUCCAUGGUCAUUUCAUCCAAUUUGUCAUAGAAUAUGUUCAACAUGAAGGAAUCUCCUGUUUCAGUCACUUAUGCAUUAUUGUCACCAGAUCCAUCACAUUUGGUAUGCAAUGUUCUUCAAACUUCUAUAUAUCCUAUAAAUUUAGCAGCCAGACCAGCUACAUAUGUAAGUUUACCAAUAAUGACAAUGCACCAUAUGAACCAUGUAUUGUUCUAGCUGUUUUUAACGUUUGUUGUGUUGAGUAAUUAGACCAGACUCUAAAGUUGUGAUGCUAAUUAGCUGAAUGAAAGUUAAUGUUCAUCCAAUCUUA